AUGUCGCAGGAGGAGGCCACCAUCUCGAGAAAGGAGAAGAAAGCGCUCCGUGAUGCUGAGCGACGAACGAAGGACAAGAAGCGAAAGCAUGUCGAGACGGAGGAAUCGCAAGAGCCGGCGGUAGGAGAAGAGAGUGCGAAGGUCGAGUCUACGAAGAAGUCGAAAAAGCGCAAAGCGCAAGACGAUGGCGAGGGAACAGAUGCAGCGACAGCUCAGGCACCUGCUGAGGAUGCGCCGAAGCCAAAGAAGCGCAAGAAGACCUCCAAGACCACACCAACGGAGGGCGAACCCGACGAUGCGACAGAAAAGACUGUCAAGCCACGCUUCAUCGUCUUCGUCGGCAAUCUCCCGUACAAAACGACUGACGCCGCCCUUCGCGCACAUUUCAAGAAACUCGAACCCUUCACCCUACGACAUCGCACAGAUCCCAAGACAAAGAAGAGCAAAGGCUUCGCAUUCUUGGAAUUUGAGAACUACGAUCGCAUGAAGACCGUGUUGAAGCUGUACCAUCACAGCGAGCUGGACGCAGGGAGACCAGAGGAGGGGAAAGAAGAUAAGAGGUCUGAGAAGGAUAAGAAGAAGGACACAAGGAAGAUCAAUUUGGAGUUGACCUCGGGUGGUGGAGGGAAUACGGAUGCUCGGAAGGAGAAGAUCAAGGGGAAGAACGUGCGGUUGGAGGAGCAGCGGAAGCGGAGGGCUGAGCUGGAGAAGGUGGAGAAGGCGAAGAAGGAGAAGAAAGAGGGCGGGAAGCCUAGAUCAGAGGACGCGAAGGCCAAGCCUGUGGAAGAGGAACAAGCUGGAGCGGGAGCCGAUGCGACGCAAGGAAUACAUCCAAGUCGACUGGCGAGGAUAAAGCAAUAG